AUGGAGCAGGUACCAGAAAGUGUGUUGAAGAAAAGGGUCAGUGAAGAGAAGUCGAAGGCUGCUCACUUGGCUAAGCUCAAAGCGCAGCGGGAGAAGCGGAAAAAGAGCAAGGAAGAAGCUAUUCGUCGAGCGGAGUCGUACGUCGCCGAGUACCUCGCGAAAGAGCGUGCCGUCAUCCACGCUCGGCGUGCAGCGCGUGCAGAGGGCAAGUUUUAUGUUCCCGAAGGAGCAAAGGUAGCUUUCGUAGUUCGGAUUCGAGGUAUUCGUGGCGUUCCACCGAAGCAGAGAAAGAUCUUGCAACUGUUCCGACUUCGACAGAUCCACAACGGUGUGUUUGUGCGGAUCAACUACGCUACCUUGCGCAUGCUGCAGCUCAUCGAGCCCUAUAUAGCGUAUGGCUAUCCGAACCUCAAAUCUGUACGAGAGCUCGUCUAUAAACGGGGUUUUUUGAAAGUAGGGAAACCCGGCGGUUGGAGCCGCAUCGGAAUUACGAGCAACGACCUCGUGGAGCGGGUUUUGGGCAAGCACGGUAUCAUUUGCGUGGAAGACAUCAUUCACGAGCUAUUCACCUGUGGGCCCAAGUUUAAGAUUGUGAACCAGGCGCUGUGGCCGUUCAAGUUAUCGUCACCGCGUGGUGGAUAUGGGCGCCGCGGCAAGCUCCGCCAUUUCGUGGAGGGAGGUUCCCAUGGAAAUCGCGAAGAACUCAUCAACAGACUCAUCCGGCAAAUGAACUAG